GAAGAUUGUCUAGUCCACUGCAUAUGCGCAGAUAUCAGAAACGAAAAGGCGCAAUACCAUGUGCGACAGCGAAAUACAGGUUUGACAGCAUGAUCAUGAACCGCGGCACUUUCCAAAACGUGGUGCAACCCAACAUGCCUUUGAGGAGGCCGUCAACCAGCCCAGCAGGUGCCACUGCAACCCCAAGGGCCCCUGGCCCAAGACCAGACCGGCCUCUAGCGAGCUCCAACGGGGAUGCUGAGGCCAGCCGAAAAGAAACCACUGUACUCACAAACGGCUCUAUGAAAACAGCCUCUAUGCCCCCAUUCACUAAGUUGUGCAACUACUGCAGUCAGCAAGGUAACCUUCGCUGCACGCGCUGCAAGAAAACCUGCUACUGUUCAGUGGCUUGCCAGUCGGAGGACUGGAAUGCACACAGGCACAUGUGCAAGCUCAGUACCCUGGAUACUCCCACAAGGGAUAAGCCAAAGGAAACCCCAGCUUCACCGAUUGGAAAUGGGCGGAACCCAUCAGUCUCAAAGGUGAACAACAGCGAUGUGACUUGCCCCCAGCGAGUGUACCUGCGGCACCUCCGUAAGAAUGACAUCACCAAAGGAAUGAAAGUUCAGGUGUCUGUGGUGGAGUUGCGUAGCCCUGGUAGGUUCUUCAUUCACGUCCAAAGCCCAGAGCUGGUUGAGGCUCUGAGAGCCAUUACUGUGGAACUGCAGAAGACUAACGGCGGCUCGCUAGGGACAGACUACAAGCCCAUCACCGGAGAGGUCUGCGCCGUCAAAUACUCCUUGGAUCAGAAAUGGUACAGAGGUGUUGUCCAGUCUGUAGCUGCAGAUGAUAAAUAUGCAAACGUUCUCUACAUUGACUUCGGAAACGAAGAAGACGUGACACUGGAUCGGAUCAAGCCCCUCGCUGCCAGCAUUGAACCCAUUCCACCAUGUGCUAUGGAGUGCAGCGUCGCCGGGAUAACACCGGUGACUGACAGCUGGAUGGGGGAGUGUUGCAUCGCUGUGAGACAGCUGGUGGCUGGAAAGAGCCUGACACUCACUGUGGUGGACAUACAGGAGAAUAACCGCACCUACGCAGUGGACAUCCUACUGACUCCUAUCGGUACUGUAUCACAGGAAGGCAAUGAUCAGUUGGCUACAGUGAAUAAUAGCAAACAGCUGAGCACCUUCCUCAUUGACCAAGGUUACGCUGUGAGGGAGGUAGUCAAUAAGAAGCUCACAGAACAGGACAUUGUUGGUCCCGCUCUGCUCCCCUCUGCUCCAGACUCCCUGGUGAGUGCCUCCCUGGAAAACUUCCGCCGCCAGUCGGGGGGUAAGAACGAGAACAUGGAGGCACAGCCACCUGACCCUCUGACCCAGGGACUGGGAGACACCUUCGCUGCCAUGGUGACGCACCUGCAGUCGCCUUAUGACAUCAUCUGUCAGAAACUGGACAACGCCAGUGUGAUCCAGGAGCUUCAUCUGAAACUGAGGGAGCACUGUUCUCAGGCCCCAGCCAGCCAGAACUUCAGACCUGCCCCUGGCACAGUGUGCUGCUCCCUAUUCUAUGAGGACAACCAGUGGUACAGGGCCAAAGUGCUGGCCUACUCCUCUGAAGAGAAGGUGUGUGUGGGCUACAUUGACUUUGGCAACUCGGAGGAGGUGGAGCUGAGUCGCCUGCGUUCCAUCACCUCUGAACUCCUAGCCCUGCCAAUGCAGGCCAUCCCUUGUGCCCUGGCAGGAGUGCGUCCCACGGCAGAGGCCUGGUCAGAGGAGACUGUGCUGAUGCUCAGGCGGAUGGUGUGUAACCGAUUCCUGCGGGUAGAGAUCCUGGGCGAGCGGGAGGGUAUGGCGCUGGUGGCCAUGAUCGACGAGGCCAGCGACCCCCAGGGCAAUGUGGCCGAGAUGCUGGUCGCCACUGGUUAUGCCUUGCCUGCCAACCAUCAGGACGAAGAGGCCACCACCAAGGAGCAGGGUGAAGGAGCCUGGACAGAAUCAUCUCAUGUGGCCAAGCCUGCUGUGGCAGAGAAGCUGCAGUGGACAUGUGCUGAGCUUCCUACUGAGGGCCAGACGGUGGCACUGGUAGUCAGUGUGAUGGAGAAUCCUGGAGAGUUCUACUGCUACAAAUAUAACCAAGAAGACCUGCAGGUUCUAGUGGAGCUGGGGGCUGAGCUGAAGCGGCAUUGUGAGGCAGACAUCACCCAUUUCUGUCCCAGUGUGGGUGAGCCCUGCUGCGCCCUGUUCUCUGGUGACGGGGCGUGGUACCGUGGUAUGGUGCAGGGUGUGUGGGCUGGCAGUAAAGCCCGGGUGUAUUUUGUGGACUAUGGCAACACCAGUGAUGUAGAACCAGCCCACCUCAGAGCGAUCACACCCGGACUCCUCAAACACCACUUCCUGGCUAUCCGCUGCUGGCUAGCAGGUGUUGAGCCUCUGAGCCCCCAGUGGAGUGCGGAGUCUAUAGGCCGCUUCCAGGCCCUGUGUGUGGGCCAGCAGCUCCACGCACGUGUCCUCUCCAUCACAGAGCGAGGCUACGGACUUGAACUGGACAGCAGUGGUCAAAACGUGGCAGCCACACUGCUCUCAGAACAGCUGGCUAAAGCCCCUGGACAGAGCCAGGCCCAGGCUCAAUCCGCUCCCAUUGUCCCUAAAAAACCCCAGCAGAAGCCUGCCAUUCAGAGAGACACCACCACCAGUGUGGGACCACCCAAAGCCAGAGCCGCCAAUCAAAAUGAGCUGCCCACUGCGAAGCAGGCCAAAAAAAACAAUCAGAGCAAGGCUAGUGCUGGGCAGCUGGCAAAAGUGGCCAUCCCAUUUGGGUCCGAUGGAACAGCAUCUGCAGACACAUUCCCUCUGGACUGGAGGACGGUGGAGCUACCUCGCAAUGAGACCUUCCAGCCUUGCAUAGCAGCCGUGAUCAGCCCCAGUCUAUUCUACCUGCUCAACCCCAGCCCAGUGAAUGUGGAGAGACUGCAGAGUGUGAUGAUGGACUUGGCUGUGUACUGCUCCACCAAGGCCUCGCCUAGUCAGUGCAAACCCAUGCCAGGAGCUGCCUGCUGUGCCCAGUUCUCGGGUGAUAAGAACUGGUACAGAGCUGUGUUCCUGGAGACCACAGAGACUGAGGCCAGUGUGAUCUAUGCAGACUACGGCAACUCCGAGAAGCUCCCCUUCACCAGUAUCCUGCCCAUCCCCACAAAGUUCCUGCAGCUCCCCUUCCAGAUUGCCCGCUGUGCCCUCACAGGUAAGGAGCACUUCCCGUCGGUCUGGCCCGUGGAGGUCCUGGAGCUCUUCAGUGUCCUGCUGAGUGACGGAGUGCUGGCCUCUGUGCAGGCCUUCGAUGGCAACUCCAACCUGCUGUCGGUCACCCUGCAAAUGGAGCGAGGCGGGGGUCACCUCAACGCUAUGAUCCUAGAGGGGCUGCAGAGCAUACAAACCGACAGCGCCAAGACCUCCACCCCCAGACAGGAGCCAGACCAGACCAAGACCCCCAUCAUCGCCGCAGCUCCAGUCAAACCGGCCACAGCUCCAGUGACUGUUUCAGAGUGUGCUGCACCAAAGAAUACCGAACCCAAGGAACCACAGAGCUUAACAUGCUCAAAGCGCAUGAAUGAUUAUAGCUCUUCAUGCUGCUGCCGGGACUUGGUGCAUAAGAUUGACCAACUGGAAGAGCACAUUCUCUUCCUCAUGAAGCAAAUUGGUGGAUGGUCAAAGUGACUGUCAUACACAACGAGUGCACAACUCUAUGUUAUAGGAAUACGAAUGAGUACAUGUAGGUAUUCAGUUUAAGUGAUUAUGCUUUGCAGUUCAGUUGGGAUGUUCCCUCAAGGGUUUUUCGUGAAUGUUGCAUCUUGGCUGUGUGAAGUAUUUACAUGAUGGAUGUAAUACAGUGGGGGAAAAUAAUAUUUAGUCAGCCACCAAUUGUGCAAGUUCUCCCACUUAAAAAGAUGAG